CAUUAUAAAAUUUACAUGAAAAAGAACAAGAAGAUAAUAUUUUAAUCAUCAUAAUGGUUGAAAAGAAAAUGAAUUUUAAAAAAAUAAAAGCGAAUAUUAUGAUUUAUAUUUUAUAAAUGAAGUAGCAGUGAGUGUGAAUCCAGUAUUUAUGAUUUCUUGCUUCUUUGCUCUUCGUCUUCUCAUCUCUGUCUGCACCUUCCCUUUGAAUUUGCUUAAUUUCUCCCGUUUCUUCUACUUUGAUUUCCACUCUCUUCCUCUUUUACAGUAAAAGAAAAGAAAAGAAAAGAAAAGCUGCACCUUUAUUUUCUUUUUUCUUGAAUCCCAUUCUCUUUUGUCUUCUUUUAUCCGGAAAAAGAAAAAACCUUUGUCCUUGUUCAUUUCGACUUUGAAAAAGAAUUUCUCAUCAAGAGAAGAAGAUGAAGAAGAAGCUCUUAAUAAAUCUUGUGGUUUAAUCUAUUUGAGUUUCAUUAAUAUCUUGCAAUGAUUUCAGUGAGGUUCAGUUUGGUUCUUAGACAGACAUUGCAAGGAAACGUUUAAAGUGUUGGACUGUUGAUUUAAGAGUUGGAGCAUUUUCUUUGAAGCAGGCAGAGCACCCUCUAAGCAUCGCUUAAUAAUACAUCUUCAUCUUAAUCAUAAGUAACUAACGACAAUGCCCGAGUCUUUCUUUAUUGACGCUGCUACUAAUGCCGUGGGAACACUGAUGGUAGACUACUUGGUGAAGCCAAUAGAACGCCGCAUUCGUUACUUAUUUGGUUUCCAUAAGAUUGUUCAAGAGCUCCAUGAGCAGCAAAACAAUUUGAAUAGAGAACAAACUCGUAUACAAGAAGACAUCAAGGAGGCUAAACUGAAUAUUCAAACACAAGUGAUUGAGAAAUACGUAGAGGACUGGUUGACCGAUGCAACAAAUGCCUUGAAUAAUGUACAGAAUUUGGAAGCUAGAAUUGAAGAAAAUAAGAGAUGCUUUCGUUGGUGUCCUAACUGGAGUUGGCGAUAUCAGUUAAGUAAGAGCAUGGACGAGGAGAUAUUAGCCAUUAUUAAACUCGUAAAUAACUCCAAAUUUGAACGAAUUGGGCACCGCGCUGAGCUUCCUGGUUUAGAGUUCUUCACAUCUAAGGGUCUUGUAGCCUCCAAAUCUUCAACUACUGCUUUCAAUAAGAUCAUGAAGGCCUUGAAAGAUGCUGAAAUCAACAAAAUUGGAGUAUGGGGGAUGGGAGGGGUAGGUAAAACCACCUUAGUCAAAGAGGUAGGCAAUAAAGUCAAAGGAUUUGGUCAGCCUAUAAUGGUUGUUGUAUCCAAAAUUCCAGAUAUAGGCGAAAUUCAAAACAAAAUUGCAGAUGGCAUUCACUUGAAAUUUGAAAAAACAACCAAAGAUGAAAGAGCGAAGGAGUUAUGGUGUAGACUGAAAGAGGGAAAGUUCAUCAUAAUCCUCGAUGAUUUGUGGAAUGAGUGGAACGACGAUGAAGAUUUUAGAAAAAUAGGGAUUCCAUUGGUUGAAAAUGGGAAGGGCUGUAAAAUCAUUUUGACAACACGACGUUGGACGGUAUGCAAAUCUAUGGAAUGUCAAGUUACUAUUCAAAUUGAUGUUUUGGAUGAUGAUGAAGCAUGGGCUCUCUUCAAAAUGAAUGCCAACCUUGAUGAAAACGUUUCAAGGAAUAUCAUUGAGGAGGCUGAGAAAAUUGUAAAAGAAUGUAAUGGUCUACCUGUAGCGAUUGUAACACUCGGAAGGUCUUUAAAAGGUACUAAAACUCAGAAACGAUGGGAACUAGCUCGCAAAAAACUUGAGAGUAGUAGAUUAAUGGAAAUUAGGAACAUUGAAGAGGAAGAAAAAAAUGCCUAUAUGUGUAUUAAGAUGAGCUACGAGUACUUGAAGAAGGAGGUGACCAAGCGAUGCUUCUUAUUGUGUGCUUUAUAUCCGGAGGAUCACUCAAUUGAUGUGGAAGACUUGGUGCGAUAUGCUUGGGCAUUGGAGUUAUGUGGCAAGGUUGACUCAGUUGAAGAAGUGAGGAUUCAAGUCUUGGAAGCCAUUGAUUACCUCAAAGAUUCUUGUCUAUUAUUAAAAGAUACGCAAUGGUACAUUAAGUUACAUGAUUUAGUUCGUGAUGUUGCUCUAUGGAUUGCAUCCGAAGAAGAAAGUGGAUUUAUGAUCAAAUCUAGAUUGGAGUUACUAAAUGAAAGCUUUGAACCUUGUAGAGCGAUCUCAUUGCUGAACAUUGAAGAAAAAAAACUUCCUGGGAGAUUGAUACCUUCGAACCUUGAGAUCUUGUUGCUUAAGAACUGUGAUGUUCAAGGUACAUGUUUUCAAUGGAUGAAAGAAUUGAAAGUGUUAAGUCUUACAGCUGGCAAACAUUGUCCCGUGGGGAUGAUUUCCUUGUAUGCUCUUACUUCUCUACCAAAACUUCGUGUUUGGAAAAUUUUGAGGACUUCUCAUUCCUUAGAAACCUAAGGACACUUGAGGUUCUUAGUUUGCGUGGUUUAGGAUUCGAGGGUUUGUCAAAUGAAUUAUGGAGGUUGGAAAAUCUGAAGAUAUUGGAUUUAACUGAUUGUACAUUUCGCUCCAGAUUUCCCCCUAACGUCAUUCAAAGGUUAUCAAAGCUAGAGGAGCUAUAUCUAAAAGGUUCAAACAUUUGUGAGACAAUUGUUGAUAUACUUGUCCAGAUAAAUUUCUUAUCUAGGUUGACUGCAUUAUCCUUGAGGUUAUCAUUAGAUCAUUUUACGGGUGACGUUGUGUUUCCUAAAUUGGAAAGAUAUGAUAUAUCCGUAGUGGAUCCUUAUAAACUUAAAUGUGAUCUUUUUUCCAUUACGGAAAAAUCAUGGAAAAUUAAGGGACCGAUUCUUUUUAAUGUAGUUUCUCUCUUGCCAGAGAAUUUAGAGUCUUUUGAAGUGUCAGAUAACAUAGAUAAGUUUCUGGAAUGCUUGAUUGAUAAAAGUUUGAGGCUCUCAAAUUUGAAGCUGCUA